AGUACCGUUAGGUUAACGAUGGACGCGCAGUUCCAAAGGAGACGUUGCCCUUGCUACACAGGAUAAUCAAUAUUAAUAAUUUGCCGGUCUUCAAACAAGAUGGUAAACUUAAGAGGUCGAGCCGCGAUUGUCACAUACUUUAUUGCACUGCCCUGCAUCCGAUGCGCUGCGCCUGACGGUUACGUUAUAGACAAUUCAACGAAUAUUGGUUAUAAACUGUUUUACGAGGCUCAGACAUGGCCGGUAGCGAGAGAUAAGUGUGAAGAUGAUGGCGCUAAAUUAGCUGUUCCUAAAAGCAUGGACGAGUUCUUAUUUAUGAGGAAAAUAGUCAGAAAGAUGCAUUACUCCAGCAUAGUUGGCAGUAGCUAUAAGAUCCUCGUGUGGCUGGGUAUUAAUAACUUGGACGACUACAGAGUUUGGAAAAAUAUUGAUGGUGAAAAUAUAGAAGACACGGGAUUCGCCUUUUGGUCGACUGGAAAUGGUGAAGGCUACAGCGAUGCACCAGAAGAACCGCAUUGUGCGGGUUUAGACGCCGUGAGCUGGCUGCGAGAUUUCUGGUGUCAUCUGGCUGAGCCGUACUUGUGUCAAAAAGAUUUUAAAAAAUAAACACAUGAUACCCU